AUGGUAUGGGUACCAAGCGAGACCCAUGGCUUUAUCGGGGCCAGCGUAAAAGAAGAAAAAGGCGACGAAGUCAUCGUCGAAGUGGAAGACACUGGCAAAAGGACACCAUUUCAUAGGGAUGACAUACAGAAGAUGAAUCCACCAAAAUUUAAUAAAGUAGAGGAUAUGGCUGAACUUACCUGUCUCAACGAAGCCUCAGUGCUUCAUAAUUUGAAAGAUCGUUAUUACUCUGGUCUAAUAUAUACUUACUCAGGACUCUUCUGUGUAGUUGUGAACCCCUACAAGAAAUUACCUAUAUACCAAGAUAAGGUAAUAGAACUCUACAGAGGAAAGAAACGUCAUGAAGUACCUCCUCAUGUAUUUGCAAUCACAGAUACUGCAUACCGAAGUAUGCUCCAAGAUCGAGAAGACCAGUCUAUUCUGUGCACAGGCGAGUCUGGGGCAGGGAAAACGGAGAAUACCAAGAAAGUCAUUCAAUAUUUGGCAUAUGUAGCAGCUUCUUCUCGCGCAGCCAACAACCGCUCAUCAGUUACAAGUUUUCAUGGUUCGACCAAGGAGCUAAAUCUUGCUGUGACCAAGGAGGAGUUCUCGAACAUGGCACUCUUCUUAAAAAAGGGUGAACUUGAAAACCAACUUCUACAAGCCAAUCCAAUUCUGGAAGCUUUUGGAAAUGCCAAAACCAUAAAAAAUGAUAACUCUUCUCGUUUUGGCAAGUUUAUCAGAAUCAAUUUUGACAUGUCUGGAUAUAUCUGUGGAGCCAACAUAGAAACUUAUCUCUUGGAGAAGUCUCGUUCAGUAAGACAAGCAGAAGGAGAACGAAGUUUCCACAUCUUUUAUCAGUUCUUGUCUGGUGCUUCAGCUGCACAAAAAAAUGACUUUUUAUUGGAAGAUGCCAAGUCUUAUCAUUAUAUGUCUGGUGGUCCUAUGCCUGUUAAUGGUGUUGAUGAUGUCGCUGAAUUCAAUCAAACCUCUGAAGCUAUGCUUGUCAUGGGACUUUCACAAGAUGAUGUGAAUGGAAUCUUCAGAGUUGUUUCAGCAGUGCUCCUUUUUGGAAAUAUGGUGUUUAGACAAGAAAGGAAUUCAGACCAAGCAACAUUACCUGACAAUACAGUUGCCCAGAAAGUCUGUCAUUUGUUAGGCUUGAAUGUCACUGCCCUGACUCAAGCCUUUCUCAGACCCAAAAUCAAAGUUGGCAGAGAUCAUGUAACAAAAGCUCAAACAAAAGAACAAGCAGAGUAUUCUGUUGAAGCAAUUUCCAAAGCAUGUUAUGAACGCAUGUUUAAAUGGCUUGUGAUACGAAUCAAUAAAUCUUUGGACAGAACCAAACGUCAAGGAGCAUCAUUUAUUGGAAUAUUGGAUAUUGCGGGCUUUGAAAUUUUCAAGAUGAAUUCCUUUGAGCAGUUGUGCAUUAACUAUACCAAUGAAAAGCUGCAACAACUGUUCAACCACACCAUGUUCAUCCUUGAGCAAGAGGAGUAUCAGAGGGAGGGCAUAGAGUGGAAGUUCAUCGACUUCGGACUCGAUUUGCAGCCAACUAUUGACCUCAUUGAAAAGCCCAUGGGAAUAUUGGCACUACUAGAUGAGGAAUGUUGGUUUCCCAAAGCCACUGACAAAACUUAUGUGGAUAAACUGCUUGGACAUCAUGUCAAUCAUCCCAAAUUUGAAAAACCUGAUUUUCGUGCUGAUGCUGAUUUCAGCCUUAUUCAUUAUGCUGGCAAAGUUGACUAUUCUGCCCAAGCAUGGCUUAUGAAGAACAUGGAUCCCUUGAAUGAAAAUGUUGUUGCUUUAUUGCAAAAUUCAUCUGACCCUUUCAUCCAACUUAUUUGGAAGGACGCUGAAAUAGUUGGUCUUGGAGCGGCUGCUGCUGCUGAAACUGCUUUUGGCUCUCGCACAAGAAAGGGAAUGUUCCGUACUGUGAGCCAGCUCUACAAGGAACAAUUAGCCAAGUUGAUGGCAACCCUCAGAAAUACUAAUCCUAACUUUGUCCGCUGCAUCAUUCCCAACCAUGACAAACGACCUGGUAAAAUUGAUGCUCCUUUGGUACUUGAUCAGUUGCGCUGCAAUGGUGUGUUGGAAGGUAUCCGUAUCUGCAGACAAGGUUUCCCUAACAGGAUUUUGUUCCAAGAAUUCCGACAAAGAUAUGAGAUUCUGACUCCCAAUGCCAUUCCCAAAGGUUUCAUGGAUGGCAAAAAAGCAGUUGGCAAAAUGAUUGAGUCUUUAGAGCUUGAUCCUAAUCUUUACCGAAUUGGUCAAAGCAAGAUCUUCUUCCGAGCUGGAGUACUGGCCCAUUUAGAGGAGGAACGAGACCUUAAACUUACAGACAUCAUCAUUCAGUUCCAGGCUUAUGUGAGAGGCAUGUUGGCUAGAAGGAACUAUCAUAAACGUCUUCAACAAUUGAGUGCUAUCCGUGUGAUCCAAAGAAACUGCUCUGCUUACCUGAAACUUCGGAAUUGGCAGUGGUGGCGUCUCUUCACAAAGGUGAAACCUCUCUUAUCAGUGACAAACCAAGAAGAAAAGUUGAAUGCUAAAGAAGAGGAGCUUAAGAAGAUCAAAGAACACUAUGAAAGAACAAAGUUUGAAUAUGAAGACUUGGAACGCAAAUUUGCUAACCUUGUUGAUGAGAAAAGUCUACUUGCAGAACAGUUGCAAGCUGAAACAGAGCUCUGUACUGAAGCUGAGGAAACACGUAUUCUAUUGAACAAUCGAAAAAUUGAACUGGAAGAAAUUUUGAAUGAAACUGAAGCUCGUUUAGAAGAAGAAAUGAGAAAUUCUGAGUUUUUGCAUGAUGAAAAAAACAAAUUACGGCUCACAAUUGAAGACCUAGAAGAACAGCUUGAAGAGGAGGAGCAAGCAAGACAAAAAUUGCAGAUGGAAAAAUUGUCUGUUGAUCAGAAAGUUAAAAAAACAGAAGAUGAUCUUGCUAUAAAUAUAGAAGCAUCUAAUAAGCUUAGCAAAGAAAAAAAAUACCUAGAAGAAAGAAUGCAUGAACUAACAUCAAAAUUGGUUGGUGAAGAAGAUAAAUACAAACAACUUGGUAAACAGAAAUUGCGGGCAGAAUCCGCUCUAACAGAUUUAGAAAAUCAAGUCCAACGAGAAACACAGAAUCGGCAAGAACUUGAAAAGGUGAAAAGAAAGUUGGAAGCUGAUUUAGCUGAUCACCGUGACCAACUGAAUGAAAAACGGGCUCAAGUUGAAGAAGUUCAAUCCCAGUUGGCACGUAGAGAAGAAGAAUUACAAGCAGCAUUACAAAAGUCAGAAGAUGAAAGCGUUUCAAAAGCAACAACUAUUAAGCAAUUACGUGAACUCCAAAGUCAAAUACAAGAGCUGAGUGAAGAUUUGGAUGCUGAAAAACAGUCAAGAGAAAAAGCUGAGAAGCAGAAAAGAGACCUAAAUGAAGAAUUAGAGGCUUUGAAAUCUGAACUAGAAGAUUCUUUAGAUACAACUGCUGCUGUCCAAGAAUUGAGAAAUAAACGUGAACUUGAAGUGGACAAUCUGAAAAAAGCAAUUGAAGAAAACCAAAAACAAAGUGAGCAACAGGCACUUGAACUGCGCCAAAAAUACACCAAACAACUUGAGGCUGUCAAUGAAGACCUUGAUGUGAUUAAAAAGGCCAAGUCUAGUUUAGAGAAAGUUAAAGAAUCAUUACAAGCAGAAAAUGCAGAUUUGGCUAAUGAUCUGAAGCAAAUGCAGCAAGCUAAGCAAGAAUCUGAGCGGAAACGUAAGCAGCUCGAAUCUCACCUUCAAGAGCAAAGUAUGAAAUUGGUUGAUACUGAUAGAACAAAGAAUGAAUUGGGAGAAAAACUUGCUAAAAUGCAGGCAGAAUAUGAACAAGCUGUUGCAUCACUUGAAGAUUCUGAUGCCUCUGUCUUAGACCUCAAUCGUAAAGUCAGCAACUUGCAGACAGAUCUUGCCACUGCCAAAGAAGGACUAGAAGAAGAAAACCGUCUCAAGAUGCAAGCACUGGCAGAUUUACGAAAUGCUACUGAAGAGAGAGAAUCUCUGCAUGACAAAUUAGAAGAGGAAGAAGAGAACAAAAAACUUUUGCAAAAGCAGCUUGAAAAGAAUCAAACUUUGAUGGUUGAACUGAAGAAAAAAGCAGAGUCAGCUGAAAGUAGUCGAGAUAAUGCUGAGGAAGAAUUGAAAAAAGCCCUGAGAUUGAUUGAACAGCUGCGACAACAGAAUGCUGAUUUGCAAGAACAAAUUACUCGUUUGGAGAAAGCGAAAAAGAAGCUUUCAGAAGAGAAUGAGGAUUUCCGUGUAGAACUUGAUCAACAAAUUGCACAAGUCAAUGAGUUAACAAGAAAACAAGCAAAAUUCGAUCAAAAACUUGCUGAAGAGAAAGCUAUAUCAGAACGGUUAGGUGCUGAGAAUGAGAAAUCGCAACGUGAAAUCAAUGAAAAAUCUACAAAAAUCAUGAAUGUUAUGAAAGAGCUUGAAGAAGAACGAGAAAAAUAUGAAGAAAUGGAAAAGAAAUGGAAAAAGUCGCAAAAUGAAUUGGAAGGCCUUGUAUCAUCUGUUGAUUCUGACAAACGAAGUGUGCUUGAUUUGGAACGUCAAAAGAAACAACUGGAAAGUCAGGUUCAAGAGCAGUUAAGCCAAAUUGAAGAAUUAGAAGAUGAACUUCAAACAAUGGAAGACAGUAAACUAAGAAUGGAAGUGACUAUGCAAGCUGAAAUUUCUAAGCUGCAGAAAGAAUUAUCUGGUCGUGAUGAGAAUGCUGAUGAAAUUAAAAGAGGACUCCAGAGGCAGUUAAAAGAACUGGAAGCUGAAGUUGAGGAUGCUAGGACUCAAAAAGCAGCUGCUGUUCACAGUAAGAAAAAACUGGAGCAUGACUUGAACCAGUUGUCAGAACAAGUGAUUGCAGUCAAUAAACAGAAAGAAGAUGCUAUUAAACAAGCUCGCAAAGCUAAUUCACAGAUGAAAGAAUAUCAACGUGAAACGGAAGAGGCUCGUGCUGCUCAGCAUGAUGCAAAUACUGCUUUUAAGGAUAUGAAGAAAAAAGUCAAAUCAUUAGAAGAUGAGUUGGCAGUACUGCAAGAGGAUCUUGCUGCAGCUGAGAGAGCCAGGAAAAAUGCAGAAACUGAGAGAGAUGAAUUGCAGGAAGAGAUAGCAAGUGGUUCUGUCAGCAAGUCAUCAUUAAAUGAAGAGAAAAGGCGUCUUGAGUUAAGAAUAUCUGAAUUAGAAGAUCUCUUGGAUGAGGAACAGAAUAACAGUGAAAUUCUUGUUGACAAAAAUAAAAAAGUUAAUGCUCAGUAUGAACAAUUGCUCACUGAACUGAAUGCAGAAAAGUCGGCAUCUCAACAACUUGAAAACCAACGACUUUCUCUGGAACGCCAGAACAAAGAGCUGAAAGCUAAGGUUCAAGAGUUGGAGAAUCAGGCCAAAAUCAAACAAAAGUCAAUGAUUGCAGCAUUGGAAGGAAAAAUUGCUAAUUUGGAGGACCAACUUGACCAAGAUAACAAGGAAAAGAAUACAGCUAUGCGUGCCAAUAGAAAACUUGACAAGAAAAUCAAGGAAUUGAUGUUACAGGUGGAGGAAGAACGAAGACAUGCAGAUCAGUAUAAAGAACAAAUGGACAAGUCAAGUGCAAGGGUAAAAGCUUUGAAACGACAGCUUGAUGAGGCUGAAGAGGAAGUAACAAGACUAAACACUCAAAGGCGUAAACUUCAACGAGACUUGGAUGAACAAAUGGAACAAAAUCAGAUUGUUUCACGGGAGAUGAGCAAUAGAAGGCCACUUAGGACUCAAUCCCGAACUCCAAGGACAAUCAUCUCUUCUGUGAGAUCAAGUGAUGCAAGUGUGGAGAAAGAAGAGACUGAUGAGGAGACAGAGCCAGCAGCUGAAAAAGUUGUUGUGAAGGAGAUAGGGCUUGAAUUGCGACCUGUCCAGCUCGGGGGAAGCGUACAGGGCGGAUGUGAAGCCGCAUUUGAUGCCACAAGAUCAUUUUUCGAGAAUACAUCACCUGUUUCCUCCCGUAUCUUAUUAAAAUUGGGUAUGAAAAACGCUUUCAAUAGCAUCAGAAGGGAUCAUGCCCUGGAAGUUUGCCAUCAACGAACUCCUUCCAUAUUUAAACUGGUUCAUCUUUCGUAUAGUUAUGCAAGUAUGUUGAUCGGCUCCGAUAAUAUUAUCUCUUCUGCUACCGGAAUCCAGCAAGGUGAUCCACUUGGUCCGCUACUAUUUACGAUGGCUAUUGACGGGGUAGCUCGUUCCAUCGCUUCUCCUUUCAAUAUAUGA